AAGGAGCGGGCUGGUGGUGAAGCGGUUUGAGCAGCAGGGCACUUUUCUUGUAAUAUUUAGCUAGCAAGCAGCUAGCGUGCUAGCAAGCAGUGUGUAGCAAGCAGCUAGCGUGCUAGCUAAAUAAGGAGCAACUGAAACGACUGAACAUGCCGCGGGAAAUUAUAACGCUUCAGCUUGGACAAUGCGGAAAUCAAAUCGGUUUUGAGUUUUGGAAGCAGCUGUGUGCAGAGCAUGGCAUCAGUCCAGAGGGGAUUGUUGAGGAGUUUGCAACUGAAGGGACCGACAGAAAGGAUGUGUUCUUCUAUCAGGCUGACGAUGAGCACUACAUCCCCCGCGCAGUUCUCCUGGAUCUGGAGCCGAGGGUGAUCCACUCCAUCCUCAACUCUCCUUAUGCAAACCUGUACAACCCAGAGAACAUCUACCUCUCUGAGCAUGGAGGAGGUGCUGGCAACAACUGGGCCAGUGGAUACUCACAGGGCAAAAAAAUCCAAGAAGACAUCUUUGACAUCAUUGACCGGGAGGCAGAUGGCAGCGACAGUCUGGAGGGAUUUGUCCUGUGUCAUUCCAUUGCUGGGGGGACGGGCUCGGGACUGGGAUCCUAUCUGCUGGAGAAACUCAAUGACAGGUACCCAAAGAAGCUGGUGCAGACUUACUCUGUUUUCCCAAACCAGGAUGAGAUGAGUGACGUGGUCGUUCAGCCGUACAACUCGCUGCUCACGCUGAAGAGGCUCACCCAGAACGCAGACUGCGUGGUGGUGUUGGAUAACACAGCUCUUAAUCGCAUCGCCACAGACAGGCUGCAUAUUCAGAACCCCUCGUUCUCCCAGAUCAAUCAGCUGGUUUCCACCAUCAUGUCUGCCAGCACAACUACUCUGCGCUACCCCGGCUAUAUGAACAACGACCUUAUUGGCCUGAUUGCGUCCCUCAUCCCCACCCCCCGCCUCCACUUCCUCAUGACUGGAUAUACCCCACUUACUACUGACCAGUCGGUUGCUAGUGUGAGGAAAACCACAGUGCUGGAUGUGAUGAGGAGGCUUCUGCAACCCAAGAACGUGAUGGUGUCCACAGGAAGAGAGAGACAGCCGAGCCACUGCUACAUCGCCAUCCUUAACAUCAUCCAGGGAGAGGUCGACCCCACACAGGUGCACAAAAGCCUCCAAAGGAUCCGGGAGCGUAAACUUGCCAGCUUUAUUCCCUGGGGUCCCGCCAGCAUCCAGGUGGCUCUGUCCAGGAAGUCCCCGUACCUGCCCUCGGCCCACCGAGUCAGCGGCCUGAUGAUGGCCAACCACACCAGUAUCUCCUCUCUGUUUGAGCGGACGUGCCGGCAGUACGACAAACUGCGUAAGCGCGAAGCCUUCCUGGAGCAGUUCCGCAAAGAGGACAUAUUCAAGGACAACUUUGACGAGCUGGACAACUCACGCGAAGUGGUCCAGCAGCUGGUAGACGAGUACAGCGCAGCCACGCGGCCAGACUAUAUUUCCUGGGGAACACAAGAACAGUGACCGGACUUCAAACCAGUCAGCAUACAUGCUUAGCUAGGUUAUUCUAACCCAAUUUAUGUCCCUUUCUCAUGUUUCAAAAUAUUUUCUUCCACAUACAGUUGCCCCCAAAUUGACAGUUAUUUAGCUAUAGCUGCUUCUCUAAAAACGUAUUUAUUGGCUUGUUAUAGCAUGUAAUGGUACAGUGUUUGUGCCUCAAAACUGAAGAGACUGAGGGAUGAGUGUUAACGCCCACCAAAAAGAAAAAUGAGUGUUUUUCUGGUUUGUGUCACAUCCUGGAGAUUAAGUACAGCAACUCUUACCUAAUAGUCCAGUGAAGUGAAAGUAGGAGUGCUUCUGCAAGUCUGUGCAGAAAGCAUCAAUAUGUUUUGUACAAAACAAUCUAUAAAUGUCUGUUAAUAGUCUUUUUUUUCCCCAUUUCACUUACACUCAGCUUUCUCCCCUUGUAGACUAUUUUUCAGCAAUGUAAGAUGACCUGUUGCCUUGUUUUGGUCUAUUUUUAUACUGUGUUCAGUACUUUAGUUUUUGUGCAGUUGAUUUACAGGAAAAUCAUCCACCACCCACAAAGUGAUGGCCUUGAAUAAUGGAAGAAGGAUUGAUAGUGUGUUGCAGGAUGGUGAAUGCAGGCUCUUGGAUCCCAGACAUUUCUGACAUGGUGCUUUUUACUGUCUGCUACACAUCGCUCCUUUGUUACUUUACAUGGCCAGCAAUGUCAAGUUGAAGUUGGGCUUUUGCCAAAAAUGAUGUAAAAAUACCAGCCAUAUACACUGCAUUGACAUUUUAACAGCAUUGCUCUCCUGCACUGUAAAGUAUCAGUUUGCACAGAUGAACAUGGUGUACAGGGAUCUCAUUGUAACAUCUCUAUGCCUGUAAAUAUACUAUAAAGAAUGGCUUGUUCACUGUAUUGUUUAAAAUGAAUACUGUUUCUUGUUGCUUUUUCUUGUUGGACCUGUUAAAAAUGAUGAAUAAACACAUUUUCUAUCA